AUGCCUUCUCGCGAAGAACUCACCCGGAUCCGGGACAACUACCUGGCACUCUGGGGCGGUGAUCUCUCGCUGGCAGACAAGGUCGUCGCCCAGGACGUCAAGCUCAACAUCGACCGCCAUCCGUCGGCCAACGGCAGCGCUCCGGUCGUCGUCAACGACAUCAAGGCCUUCCUCGAGUUCGUCAAGUUCGCGCGUGCGGGCUGGGAGACAUUCGAGUUCAAGGUGAUCCAUUGGGUGGCCGAGGGACAUAAUAUUGCCGUCCGCUGGAAGGCCGAAGCCAUCAUGGGCAAGGACUAUUCUGCGCCGACGACGCUCAAGCCCGGUGACCCGGUGACCUGGAACGGCACCGACUUCCUCGUCAUCAACGACAGCAACCUCAUCAAGGAGGUCAACAUCGCCCAGGACAUGAUGGAGCUGUUCCACGUCCUUGGCAUGACGUCGGUCCCUGUCUAG